UUACAACCGACUCCCUCGCAAGCAAAACCCAAACCCACCGCCCGCCCAAGCCUAUAAACCAACUCUAUCUCCCUUUUCAUUUUUCAUUAAUCAAAAAUCCAAAACCCUUCCUUUGAGAAAUUAUUAGUUCAAGAUUCUUGAUUUUCUAGACACCCUUCUGCUGAUAUUUUCCAAUGACAGAAGCUACAAUCUGUGAGUUUUAUCACAAAAACAACCCAAAAAUUAUCACCAGUAGUACUGAAGAUGGGUUGCCCUCUUAUGGUGAUGAAGAUGAUAAAGGUGAAAUCUUUCAAGAUGGGUUUGCUGAGAAAAUGAAGAAAAAACAGGGAAUUUGUGAAACGGGUCAGUUUAAAGAUCCAUUAGUUGUUGUCGGGUCAGAAGAUGGGUUGUCUGGAUUGAGCUUUUUUAGUAAUGAAGAUGAUAAAAAUGGAAUCUUUGAAGAUGGGUUUGGUGAGAAAAUGAAGGAGAAGAAGAAAAAACAUAGUAUUUGUGAAACGGGUCGGUUUAAAGAUCCAUUAGUUGUUGUCGGGUCAGAAGAUGGGUUAUCUGGAUUGAACUUUUUUAGUGAUGAAGAUGAUAAAAAUGGAAUCUUUGAAGAUGGGUUUGGUGAGAAAAUGAAGAAAAAACAGGGAAUUUGUGAAACGGGUCAGUUUAGAGAUCCACUAGUUGUUUUCGGGUCAGAAUAUGGGUUGCCCUUUUCUAUUGAUGAAGAUGAUAAAGGUGGAAUCUUGGAAAAUGGGUUUGCUGAGAAAGUGAAGGAGAAGAAACAGAGAAUUCUUGAAACGGGUCAGGUUAGAGAUCCACUAGUUGUUUUCGGGUCAGAUAUUAUGUUGUUGAUUUUGAGUUGUCUUGACGCACGCAGCGUGGCACUGUCUCUACUUGUUUCUCCUGAAUGGCGUGCUGUUGCUUCUUCUGAUAAAAUUUGGAGCUCCAAGUGUGAAGAAUUGUGGCAUGGCAAAGCACAUUUACCUCGGGUAGCAAAAGAGAAUGGAUUGUCUAAGUUGGCUGCUUACUCAUUGUCCGUUAUGGAUGGUAAAAGGAAGCGAGUAAGAAAGGAGGAUUUGUGUGAUCAUGCGUGGGAGUUUCAUUUCACCGAGGCAGCUCCUGAGUAUUGGCGAAUGCUCGAUCCGUACUGGAAUGGAACAGGCCCUCCCCUGCGCCGUUAUUUCCUUCCAGAUGGAAGUCAGACUGCAGAACCACGUGACAAAAUAUGGGGUGGUCAUGAAUCUUGCUUCUCCAUAGUAACUAGCUUGCUUGCAGAUGGGAAAAUGAGACAACACUAUGUGAGGAUUAACCGUUGGCCCCCGAUGUAUGUGACAAGGAAGGAAGAUUGGAGCUGGGAGAUCUCUAACAACCUUUGUACCUACAGGAGCAUCCCAGAUGCUGAUAAAGAAGAUGGGACAGGACCUUUCUUUCUACUUUACGAAUGCAGUAAACUUUACGAAUGCAGUAUGUAGUGUGCGAUUAUUUGAAGCCAAACUAUGGAAAUGCUUGCUUUGUUUUCUGUAAUUUCGAUCGAGUUUGUGUUUCUAGAUGCAUUUUGGAACAAUCCAAGGCUUUGAAUGGAAGAUUACCAGUCCUUUUGUAAUGUCUCUGUUUUGGGAUCUGUAAACCACAUUUUCUUGAUAUUUAAGUCUUCCAAGUUCUAAUUC